UCUUUGCUCUAAAAUACGUAACUACUCAAAACUACAUGCAACAAUCUCCAUAACAACUGUUUUCUUUUUCCGUUUACUCUCUCUCUCUCUCUCUCUCAGAUUCGAUCUCUUCACCCAAACUCGGAUCAAUUAAUGCUCUGAAAACGAAUCCAGCUUUCUCGAUCUCACAUUCUCUCUUCAGAUCGCUUCUCGCAUUUUAUUUCUAAUUUUAGAUCGAUAGAUUCGUAGCGUAGAUCUUCAUCGCCUUCAAUUCCUUCCCCAAAAAUGGCGACAAUGCAGAGCUUGAUCGGUCUCGUCAACAGAAUCCAGCGAGCUUGCACCGUCUUAGGCGACCAUGGCGGCGAGGGAAUGUCCCUCUGGGAAGCUCUGCCUUCGGUUGCCGUUGUCGGAGGCCAGAGUUCCGGGAAAUCUUCGGUGUUGGAAAGCGUGGUGGGGAGGGAUUUCUUGCCUCGUGGAUCUGGUAUUGUUACGCGGAGGCCAUUGGUAUUGCAACUUCAUCAGACAAAUGAGGGGCAGGCGGAGUAUGCAGAAUUUCUUCAUGCUCCUAGAAAGAAGUUUACUGAUUUUGCUGCUGUGAGAAAGGAGAUCCAGGAUGAGACGGAUCGUAUAACUGGCAAAACAAAGCAAAUCUCUAACCAUCCAAUUCAUCUCAGCAUAUACUCUCCAAAUGUUGUAAACUUGACCCUCAUAGAUCUUCCUGGAUUGACAAAGGUUGCUGUAGAGGGACAACCGGACAGUAUUGUUGAAGAUAUUGAAAAUAUGGUCCGCUCUUAUGUUGAGAAGCCUAACUGCAUCAUAUUGGCUAUAUCUCCUGCAAAUCAAGAUAUUGCUACGUCAGAUGCUAUAAAACUUGCAAGAGAAGUUGAUCCUACAUGUGAAAGAACAUUUGGGGUGCUAACGAAACUUGAUCUAAUGGACAAGGGAACCAAUGCAGUGGAUGUUCUUGAAGGAAGAUCGUACAGGCUGCAACAUCCAUGGGUUGGAAUUGUGAACCGUUCGCAGGCCGACAUUAACAAGAAUGUCGAUAUGAUGGCUGCUCGGAGAAAGGAACGGGAAUACUUUCAGACUAGUCCUGAGUAUGGACACUUGGCACAUAAGAUGGGGGCAGAAUAUCUUGCUAAGCUCUUAUCUAAGCAUUUGGAGAAUGUCAUCAGGCAGCGUAUACCAAGUAUCAUUUCUUUAAUCAAUAAAACCAUUGAUGAGCUUAAUGCAGAGCUGGAUCGUAUUGGCAGGCCAAUUGCAGUAGACUCUGGGGCCCAGCUCUACACAAUUUUAGAACUGUGUCGGGCUUUUGACCGUGUGUUCAAGGAGCACUUAGAUGGAGGGCGACCUGGUGGAGAUCGAAUAUAUGGAGUUUUUGAUCAUCAGUUACCAGCUGCUUUGAAAAAACUCCCUUUUGACCGACAUCUCUCUACUAAAAAUGUCCAGAGAGUUGUUUCAGAGGCUGAUGGUUAUCAACCCCACUUAAUUGCUCCAGAACAGGGGUACAGAAGGCUCAUUGAUGGAUCCAUUGGUUUCUUCAAAGGACCUGCUGAAGCGUCUGUUGAUGCGGUGCACCAUGUUUUAAAAGAACUUGUACGGAAGUCAAUUGCUGAAACUGAGGAACUAAAAAGAUUUCCUACACUUCAAUCUGACAUAGCAGCUGCUGCAACAGAAGCAUUAGAAAGAUUUCGUGAAGACAGCAGGAAAACAGUUUUAAGACUGGUGGAUAUGGAGUCUAGCUACCUAACUGUUGAAUUUUUCCGAAAACUUCAUCUUGAACCUGAGAAGAAUCCCAAUCCAACAGGACCAAAUGCAGACCGUUACGCAGAUAACCAUUUCAGAAGGAUUGGGUCGAAUGUCAGCGCUUAUAUUAACAUGGUUUGUGACACACUGAAGAACUCAAUUCCGAAGGCUGUGGUUUACUGUCAAGUUCGAGAGGCCAAGAGAUCACUGCUCAGCCACUUCUAUGCCCAAGUUGGGAGAAGAGAGAAAGAGAGGCUUAGUGCAAUGUUGGAUGAGGACCCGGCAUUGAUGGAAAGGAGAGCAACCAUUGCUAAACGGCUCGAGCUGUACAAGUCAGCCAGAGAUGAGAUUGAUUCAGUUGCAUGGAAGUAAUUCGGAGGUUGCAUUUAUGGAUUAGCCAUUUUGUAUGUCCUCCAAUCAUACACGAAAAUAUAGAAAUUCUCCAUUCACAAACCAGAUGUGCAUAUUCUUUCGCACUUGAAAUCAAGGAAAACCUGUCAUUCAUCCUUUUAUAUGAUUCUUUUUGUC